AUGUCGGUCGUCACUGUCCAGACGAAGACACCCUUCCACAUCAGCGCAAAGCCCGAGAAGCAGGAGCUCGUCGACGAGUACAAGGGCAAGCCGCUCCAUGCCAUCCGGACCCCUGCGGUCGUCAUAGAUCGCGCCCUGUUCGCGAAGAACUGUGCGCUUAUGCACGAGAACGCAAAACAGUGGGGUGCAACUUUCAGGGCUCAUGUCAAAUCGCACAAGACAUCAGAAGGCACGCGAUUGCAGUUGGUCUCGUUAGUGGACCAGACACAUGCGAUCGUAGUCUCUACAGUCAUGGAAGCAUGCGAGGUCAUCAGGGACGGACUUGUUGCUGAUGGCACGGUCAAGGAUAUCUUAUAUGGGCUUCCUGUAGCUCUUAACAAAGUCCAGGACCUCUCCUCAUUGUGGGAGGAGAUCGCAGCGUUUGAUGCACAUCUCCGGAUUCUAAUUGAUCAUCCGGACCAAAUCAGAUUCUUGGAAAUCUUUGAGAAGCAGCGGCCAAAUCCUCGACGGUGGUCUGUGUUCGUGAAAGUCGACUGUGGACACAAACGUGCGGGUCUUGAGCCAUCGUCGCAGCUGUUCGAGAACCUCCUCAUGGCGCUCUUCUGCUCCCCUGUGAUCUCCGUGUAUGGGUUCUACAGCCAUGGCGGCCAUUCAUAUGGAUCGAAGUCUAUGCCAGAGGCGGCAGUGUACUUGACAAAAGAAAUCGAGUCUGUCAACCAGGCAGCAGGUCUGGCGCUCUCCAUUCUGGCAGGGACGCCGAAUGCGCCGCCGCGCGAGCCAUUCGUCCUAGCUAUCGGUUCCACCCCUACAGCCCAUGCUGCCACAGCAGAGACGCGCGCCCGGUUAGCGACUCACCUGAACGGCCGACUUGAGAUCCACGCAGGGAACUAUCCCCUCCUCGACUUGCAGCAGUUGCACACCGGCUUAGUCGACACAAAUCGCGUAGCGCAGCGCGUCUUGGCCACAGUCAUCUCAUAUUACCCUGGUCGUGGCGAGGGCGGGACCGACGAGGCGCUGUGCGAUGCUGGAUCCAUUGCCUUGAGCAAAGACACUGGGCCGAUUGACGGAUUCGGUGAGGUGGUCGGACGGCCAUGGCGGCUUAGCCGGAUCUCUCAGGAGCACGGAGUCUUGACGCAGCUGAGGCCCGCCCGACAGACCGCGCGGGAUAAGCUGCAGGUCGGGGAGAUCAUCCAGGUGGUCGGACAGCACGCGUGCCUCAUACUAGCUGCGUAUCCAUGGUACUAUGUUGUAGAUUCGGACAUGCCAAGCAAAGGAGAGAUGGUGGAGGACGUGUGGGUGCCGUGGAAGGGAUGGUGA